AAUUAAAGAAAUCCCUUUACGCCAUUUUCUCCCAAUUUGGCCAAAUCCUGGACAUUUUGGUCUCGAGGAGUUUGAAGAUGAGGGGCCAGGCCUUCGUCAUCUUCAAGGAGAUGAGCAGCGCCACCAACGCCCUGCGCUCCAUGCAGGGCUUCCCCUUCUACGACAAACCCAUGAGGAUCCAGUACGCCAAGACGGACUCGGACAUCAUCGCCAAGAUGAAGGGAACCUUCGUGGAGCGCGACCGCAAGCGCGAGAAGAGGAAGCCCAAGGGGCAGGACGCGCCGGCCGCCAAGAAAGCCGGCAACGCCGCCGCCGCCGCGGGAGCCGUGCCCGUCAGUGUCUCCUUCUCCCCUCCACACUUCUGCGGGAGUUUUUUACAUAUUCAGACAUUU